CUCACAAACAAGAAAUAACUAACGCCUCGCCUGUUCCUGACGUAAGAGUCGGAGCCGCAUUUUUGUUUAAUUUAUUAAGUUUAAUAAAAACUUAAACACCAAUUUUUGAAAGUUAAUAAAUAGCUCACAAUUAUGGCGGCUAGUUUAACUCGACUACUAGAACGGAGUGUCCGGCAAAUGCAAACGGUCCAAAGCACCUGGCGAGUGUUUAGCAACCAGCAGCAACUGCCAGAGGCGGAGAAUGACGAAGAGUUCCGUGUCCUUAAUCUUCGGGCGGUUAAACAGAAUCUUACACGUCGAAGAGAAAACAAAAAGGACCCUGUGGCUCCACCCCGAACCCAACGCAUGGCUGUGGAUCAAGAUUGGUCAGCUGCCUGGCCGGGACCGCGUUCAUUUCAUCCGGCUAGUGUGCCCCUUCCCUUGCGCCAGGGCUACACUGAACGUGGGGCUGCAGCUCCUUCUAAAUAUGCCAAUGCCGAGUUAAUGAAAAUACCCAAUUUCCUGCAUUUGACACCGCCGGCCAUACGUCAGCAAUGCGAGGCUAUUAAAAAGUUCUGUACUCCUUGGCCCAAAGGUCUUGAGACUGAAGCGAAAUGGCAACGUUACUUUCCUUUUGAGGUCAUCACCACUGACUAUUGUCACAGUUUACCCACAAUACGUCACCCAGAGGCGCGGCGAGUCACAAUUCGUCUAAAGCUUGGCGAUUUGGAAUUCGAUAAGCAUGCCCGGGACAAAUUUCUCCGUCUGGUGGGCGACCGAUACAAUCUGGAGACGGAUAUAUUAAGUUUCACCUCCGACCGCUGUCCAAUGCGCAAGCAGAACUACGAUUAUGCUCUAUACUUGCUAACGGCUUGCUAUCAUGAAUCGUUCAUUACUGAACCAUGGGAGAUGAGCAAAUCAGAGGCCGAUAUGGAAGUUUAUCUAUUCGAGCGAAGCAAGGCUAAAGAUUCCGCCGAGGCUAUCCUCAAUUGGAACAGAGCAGAAGUAGCGCAAAAAGCAGCACCCCCUGCUUCUUAUGCCCACAGUGUAGAAAAGUUGAUCAAUGAAGGUGAGAAUGAGUACAAUAUAGCGAAAUAUAAGGAAGAAGUAAUGAAAAUGUUAAACAUCUCGGCAAGUCAGUGAAUCCCUUUAUUUUCAAAAUAAAUGUUUAAUCCAAAACUAAAAAAAACA